GUCGAAUGUUUAGACGCAGCCAUCGUCAAGGGUAAUGAUGUCAUGGGUGCUGCCGAAACGGGAUCAGGCAAAACUCUAGCCUUCGGUAUUCCCAUGUUAAACUGGAUCUUCAAUGUAGUACUUGGGUCUGCUAAUACCAGUUGUGAAGGUACUCUCCAUCUCCCAUCCGAAAACGUUAUACAAGACAUCAGGACAAAAAGGCCCCUUUUAGGCCUAGUUAUCUGUCCCACACGAGAACUGGCCAUGCAGGUGAAGGACCAUCUCAGCUCUCUCACGAAAGGCACCAAGGUCAAGGUCGUAGCCAUAGUCGGAGGCAUCGCACCCGAGAAGCAGGAACGUCAACUGGGCUACAAACCCGAGGUUGUGGUAGCCACACCGGGGCGGUUCUGGGAACUCAUGCGCACGAGCAACGCCCACCUAAACGCGCUCGAGUAUCUGAAGUUUAUGGUAGUGGACGAGGCCGAUAGGUUAGUGGAGAAGAACCACUACGCGGAGCUGUUCCAUAUCCUCGGGCGCCUGCCGCAGUAUGAGGAGAGCAGCGAAUACAGUGGCGUCGAAGCCUCCCAGACGGGUGAUGAUAUGGGUGUACAGGACGAGGAGAAGGACGGAGAAGGGGACGAUGAAAUGGAAGGUGUUGAUGUAGAGGUUGUAGACGGGUCGGAUGGCGCUGUCCGGGAAACCGGGGGCGAAGGUGGUGGUGGGGAGAGUGAUGCAGACUAUACGGAACCGCUGAACGAGGGCGAAUUCGAGGUGCAGGAGGAAUGGGAUGGGGAAGUGGAGGAUAUAGAUACGACAGAGGCGGACUUUGACCCUCUCGACCCGUCUAACUGGGAGAACCAGAGUGUAACUAAGUGCCCCUACGUGCGGCAAAACUUGGUUUUUUCGGCGACCUUGACGGUGGACACAUCCAAGUUUAUGCGCGCCGCGGGGAUGGUGGUACCUACCAACAAGAAGAAGAAGGACGACAAGGAGCACACUGUCAUGGUCAAACUCCAGGAGCGUCUGGGGUUGCGAGAAGCACACACGAGUGUCGUGGACUUGAGCAGAGGUCUGGGCCUGGCCAGUGCGUUGAGCGAGGGCUGCAUCACCUGUCUGGAGGAUGAGAAGGACGUGUACCUGUUCUACUUCCUGCAACGGUUCCCGGGGCGGACGCUGGUGUUUGUCAACAGCAUCGACUGCAUCCGACAUGUGACACCCAUCCUCUCGCAGUUGGGGUGCAAGCCACUCGGCCUGCACGCCAACAUGCAGCAGCGACAACGCCUCAAGAACCUCGAGCGCUUCCGUACGCUAGACCGUAGUGUCCUGGUGGCCACAGAUGUAGCCGCGCGAGGGCUGGAUAUAAAGGGGGUGCAACACGUCAUACACUACCAACUACCCCGUACCGUGGAGCUGUAUGUACAUCGCAGUGGCCGAACGGCCCGUGCAGACGCCGGGGGGGUGUCGGUGGUACUCUUGUCGCCCAAUGAGAUCGCCAAGUACAAGAAACUGUGCAAGAGUAUCGAUGAUAAGAAGGGGGGGUUCUCCGAGUUCCCUGUGGAUAGCAUGUACAUGCCAGCGAUUAAGGCCCGAGUGUCUCUGGCCAGGAGGGUGGAUAAGAUUCAGCAUAGACUCAAUAAGAAGAAGGGUGACGACGACUUCUUCGAGAAGGCGGCGCGCGAGAUGGACAUUAUUCUGGACGAUUCACUGGUGUCCACUACGGACGAUACACAAUCACGAAAGAUCAGACGAGAACGGGCGGAACUAGACAGCAUGAAGGCUGAACUGAGUGCGCUACUACAAGUGCCUAUUCUUCCUCAGAGUAUGAACACCAAGUACCUUACGGGGGGAGAGAAGUCCGGGGAUAUCGUUGACCAGCUAACUCUACUCAAGGCUGACGCGAACUCUGGUGGAAUCCUUAUGUCAAACAAUGAGAAAGAAGACUCACUAUCGUCUGCUGUAGCGGCGAUUAGCGAUAAGAGGCGGGUGAAGGGUGCGGCUGCGAACAACAGUAGGCGCAAGAGGCAAAGGAAAUCGUAAGAACGUACAUACGCAAUGGAUGGAUGAUAGAUAGAAGAAUAGCUGGGACACGCCAGAAAGCAAAUAAAGGUAGUGGGUAUAUGGAUCGCCUGGAUGGGUACACAGGCACAAUGUCUGGACUGAUUUUAAUCGAAUUUGAACGCGAAAGUAGCGGAUACCUGGGAAGACAGAUGUACAUAGGC